AUGCAAGGGGCGCCGAAUGAUUUAUUCACAUUCAAUACACAACAAUUGCUUUCCAUCUUUUCAUCAAAUGAUACAAUACAAAAGAAGAAGAAAAAAUUGUUUCAUUGCAACCAAUUUUCUCAUCAACAAAACGAUAAUGAGAUCUUAACUCCAAGUGGUUUCAUUCAUCUUAAUGAAAGUUCUUCCCUUUGGCCUGAAGUAUAA